GGGAGGGAGGGAGGAGGAGAAAGAAGACGUUGCCGCCACCGAAGGCGGAGGAGGGGAGCCGGCCUCGAGCGACGCCGCCGGUGCCCAGCGGUCGGUGUUCCGGCUGAGGCGGCGCGGUUGCAGCAGCCCUGUUUGAUCUGUGGAUGAAAUGAAUCAUGAUUUUCAAGCUCUUGCAUUAGAAUCUCGGGGAAUGGGAGAGAUGCAGAAAAAGUGUCCAGUCACUCCUUUGGGCCACAAGAGGGCACCCUGCAGCUAGCUAACCCUCCCUUUCUUCAGAACAGCGUUUUCCAAAGAGUUUGUCAUUUUCAGAGGACUGAUUUAAGGCUUUUGCCUACCAAAAAAUUUUGGGACCCUGAUGAUCCAACAAAAGAUGGAGAAAAAGGCGUAUUUCUCGGGGGUGAUGAGUGGAGAGAGACUGCGUGGGGACCUUCUCAUCAUUCAGUGUCCCAGCCUAUUAUGGUACAAAGAAGAUCUGGACAGGGUUUUCAUGGAAACAGUGAAGUAAAUGCAAUAUUGUCUCCGCGAUCAGAAAGUGGAGGCCUUGGUGUGAGCAUGGUAGAAUAUGUAUUAAGUUCCUCUCCUGCUGAUAAAUUGGAUUCUCGAUUUAGGAAGGGAACUUUUGGAACUAGAGAUGCUGAAGCAGAUGGACCUGAGAGAGGAGAUCAGAAAGGCAAGGCGUCUCCAUUUGAGGAGGACCAGGACAGAGAUCUCAAACAAGGAGAGGAUGGCGACCCUAAACUAAAUGGAAGAGGUUUGCCAAAUGGAGUGGAUGCCGAUGGCAAAGAUUUUAAUCGUACUCCUGGAAGUCGUCAGGCCUCUCCAACUGAAGUAGUUGAGCGCCUUGGCCCCAGUACUAAUCCUCCAGAAGGACUGGGUCCUCUUCCCAAUCCUACAGCUAAUAAACCACUUGUUGAAGAAUUUUCACAUCCUGAAACUCAGAAUCUGGAUGCCAUGGAACAAGUUGGUCUGGAUUCCUUACAGUUUGACUAUCCUGGUAAUCAGGUACCCAUGGACUCUUCAGGAGCUGCUGUAGGCCUUUUUGACUACAAUUCUCAGCAGCAGCUCUUUCAGAGGACUAAUGCACUAACAGUUCAGCAGUUAACUGCAGCUCAACAGCAGCAAUAUGCAUUAGCAGCAGCUCAGCAGCCACAUAUAGCUGGUAUAUUCUCAGCAGGCCUUGCUCCAGCUGCAUUUGUGCCAAAUCCAUAUAUUAUUAGUGCUGCUCCUCCAGGGACCGAUCCAUAUACUGCAGCAGGUUUGGCUGCAGCAGCAACAUUGGCAGGUCCAGCAGUGGUUCCACCACAGUAUUAUGGUGUUCCAUGGGGGGUGUAUCCAGCCAAUUUAUUUCAGCAGCAAGCUGCUGCGGCAGCAAACAGCACAGCCAGUCAGCAAGCAGCAUCACAAGCACAACCUGGACAGCAACAGGUUCUUCGUGCUGGAGGUGGUCAGCGUCCUCUUACUCCCAACCAGGGUCAACAAGGACAGCAAGCAGAAUCACUUGCAGCAGCUGCAGCUGCAAAUCCAACUUUGGCUUUUGGGCAGGGUCUGGCUACAGGAAUGCCAGGCUAUCAAGUAUUAGCUCCGACUGCCUAUUACGAUCAGACUGGUGCCUUAGUGGUUGGCCCUGGAGCAAGAACUGGCCUUGGAGCUCCAGUUCGGUUAAUGGCUCCAACACCUGUUUUAAUUAGUUCAGCAGCAGCACAAGCUGUAUCUGAAAUGUAUUUUACAGCAGCAGCAGCAGCAGCUGGUGGAACUGCAAAUGGUCUCACAAGCAGCACAAGUGGUCUGUUCCGACCUAUCGGCACCCAGCCACAGCAGCAGCAGCAGCCGCCGCCCAGCACUAAUCUGCAGUCGAACUCAUUUUAUGGGAGCAGUUCUUUGACGAGUAACUCCCAGAGCAGUUCCCUAUUUUCUCAUGGACCCGGUCAGCCUGGAAGCACAUCUCUUGGCUUUGGAAGUGGUAGCUCUUUGGGUGCUGCUAUAGGCUCAGCCCUCAGUGGAUUUGGUUCAUCAGUUGGCAGUUCUGCAAGUAGUAGUGCCACAAGGAGAGAGUCUCUAUCUACUAGCUCUGACUUGUACAAAAGAUCUAGUAGCAGCCUAGCACCCAUAGGGCAACCAUUUUACAAUAGUCUGGGAUUUUCCUCCUCUCCAAGUCCAAUAGGCAUGCCUCUGCCAAGCCAAACUCCAGGACAUUCACUUACGCCACCGCCAUCACUUUCAUCACAUGGAUCCUCAUCCAGUUUGCAUUUAGGAGGACUGACCAAUGGUAGUGGUCGCUAUAUCUCUGCAGCACCGGGAGCAGAAGCAAAAUACCGGAGUGCUUCAGGCACUUCCAGUCUGUUUAGUUCCAGCAGCCAGCUCUUCCCUCCUUCCCGACUUCGGUAUAACAGGUCCGACAUUAUGCCUUCUGGCCGCAGUAGGCUGCUGGAAGAUUUCAGAAACAACCGCUUCCCAAACCUGCAGCUGAGAGACUUGAUUGGACAUAUAGUUGAGUUUUCUCAAGACCAGCAUGGUUCCAGGUUCAUACAACAGAAGCUAGAAAGAGCUACUCCAGCUGAGCGGCAGAUGGUGUUUAAUGAAAUUCUCCAGGCAGCCUAUCAACUAAUGACGGAUGUUUUUGGCAACUAUGUCAUACAGAAGUUUUUUGAGUUUGGGAGUUUGGAUCAAAAAUUAGCCCUGGCUACUCGUAUUCGUGGUCAUGUUCUGCCAUUAGCCUUGCAGAUGUAUGGCUGUCGUGUUAUUCAGAAAGCAUUAGAGUCUAUUUCUUCUGACCAGCAGGUAAUUAGUGAAAUGGUAAAGGAGCUUGAUGGGCAUGUCCUUAAAUGUGUAAAGGAUCAGAAUGGAAACCAUGUUGUACAGAAAUGUAUUGAAUGUGUUCAGCCACAGUCACUGCAGUUCAUCAUUGAUGCUUUCAAAGGACAAGUAUUUGUGCUUUCAACCCAUCCUUACGGUUGCAGAGUUAUUCAGCGUAUCCUAGAGCAUUGCACUGCAGAACAGACCUUACCGAUCUUAGAAGAACUUCACCAACAUACAGAGCAGUUGGUACAGGACCAGUAUGGCAACUACGUCGUCCAGCACGUGCUGGAGCAUGGCCGGCCUGAGGACAGGAGCAGGGUCGUUUCGGAAGUCCGGGGGGAGGUCCUCGCUCUGAGCCAGCACAAAUUUGCCAGCAAUGUGGUAGAAAAGUGUGUUACUCAUGCCUCCCGUGCUGAGAGAGCGCUGCUGAUUGACGAGGUCUGCUGCCAGAAUGACGGCCCUCACAGUGCCUUAUACACCAUGAUGAAGGACCAGUACGCCAACUACGUGGUCCAGAAGAUGGUUGACAUGGCCGAGCCUGCCCAGAGGAAAAUAAUCAUGCAUAAGAUUCGACCUCACAUAACUACUUUGCGCAAGUACACAUACGGGAAGCAUAUACUGGCCAAGUUGGAGAAAUAUUAUUUGAAAAAUAGCCCAGACCUAGGGCCUAUUGGAGGACCACCAAAUGGAGUGCUGUAAAGCAAGAAAAGAAAAAAAGGAAAAUGAUUUAACCAUGUGAAAAGUUUUUGUGAAUUAUCAAAACACAACUCAGCUAAGAAUCUUGGAUUUUUUUUAAAGCAAAACUAUUUAUUGACUUUAUUCAUCCAUUUGUAAUUUUUUAAGGUUCUUGUGUAUAUUUGGGGGAUGGGGUGGUGAAUUAUAAAUUAUAUUCAGCCCUUAGUGGAGACCUAUCAGAUUGGAUUGCUGGCAAAGCACAGAAUGCCUGUAUAUGAUGUAACUGUAUCAAAAAAAAAAAAAACUGUCACAUAUUUUGUAAAUUUUUACCUUGUAAAGUCACAAAAAUAGUUUUUAAAGGAAAGAGUACAGUAUUCUUUUAAUAAACUGGCUUACAGUCUGGUAGGUCUACAACCCCAUAGCACAACAGGUUUAUAGAGGUGUAUAUAGAAUUAUAGUCCUUAUCUUUUUUCUUUCCCUGAAGCCUUUUAUAACAGAUUAACAAUCAACUGCAUAAAUAUUAAUUAAUAUUUUAAAAAGAGAAAGUUAAGUUGUAUUUUGGUAAUUCACAAACUAUCAUGCAAAUAAAAACUCACCAAGUAACAGAAGAAUAAAAUAACUUGAGGGCUGGGAAUUUUGCUCAGUGGUUCCGCUGCCUGCCUCGCCUCAGCAAGCGCAAGGUCCCAAGUUUGAUCCCCGGUACCAAAAACACACACACACACACACACAAAAAGAAUAAAAUAACUUGAGGUGAAAAGAACCUGACCAUUAUUUACAGUGGAUGUGGUUUUAAUACAGAUACUGCCCUAUAAUGUCUCUGGCAAUGUACAGAAGUAUUGUAUGUACUUACAUAUGUAAUUGUUAAGAGUUAGAAAAAAUAAAAUCAUGGUGACAAUUCCAUCCAGUUAAGUGUACUAAAUGAAAAGUUAAGUUUCCAGUUUGGUUUGCAAUGAAAAAGAGUGGAAAUUUGUAUUUUGUUUCACUUAAAGUUGUAAGAACACAGUGAGGAAGUGUUGGGCUUUAUUUUACUUUUUCAUAGUAGAUACAGAAAGUAGGAACCAGAUAGAGUUGAAAGGGGUCCACUGAAAAAUUGAAUUUGAUAGCUCAACAUGUAAGCAUGAUUACAUAUUCAGAUAGCUUUUUUUGCUUUCUAUAAAUAUAUGCAUUGUGUGUGUAGUGAUGUAAGUUUACACUUCGAAAGCAAAUCUUGUUUCGGUGUUUAUUAUAAAAGCCUUGCUAAUUUAGUAGUGAUGCUUUCCUUGGUUGUACAGGUGUACAUUUGUAAACCUUCAUGCUGUAAAUGGAAUUUGUUUUAUCUCUUUGGGAAACAUUUGCAUUUUAGUGUACAUUUAUGUCCUUGCCCUCUUUGACCUGGCAAUAUAGUGUUGUAUAAUGUAAAUUUCUCCAAAUCAAGAGUGAUUUUUUAAAAAAUUUUUUAUCUUUAUAUGGUUUCAGAAGUAUGAACCAACUUUCUUUUUAUUGUGAGAAAAAUUUUGUUUUAUAACAUAGUUACUGACUCUUAAUAUGGACAUGCUAGGAUUUGGGUCACUUUCAAGAAGUCAGGGUAUUGUGCAUAAUAGAAAGUGUUGGGCGGAGAUAUUUGGUUACCAUGGAGGCCAAUGCUUUUUCCAUCUUAUUAAAUGUGAUGUGACUUUUUUCUUUGUACAGAAGAGUACUGUAUUUUUGAAUAGUCUACUCCCAAGUAAGAGCAAAUCUGUAUGAUAACUUUUUUUUUCUCUGGACAUAAGACAUUAUAACAGUAACAUGAUGUACAUUUACAAGCGGCCUUAUGUACAUUUCCCAACAGUCUUUUUAAGGCAAAAUUGUGACCAUAUGUGUAUAAUUAAAUCGUUUUUAAUCCUUUGCCUAUGAAAAUAUUUUGGAAAAAACUUGCUUUGUAUAUUCAGUUUCUGAAAGAUAAAGAAAGUGCUUUGUAUUUUGUUGAAGUCAGUAUUUUGUAUAAACAUUUAUGUUGAUCCACUUAAGUUUAGUGAUGAAAAUUAACAUGAACAUGCUAUCUCUGUCAGCUGAAUGUGGAAGGGAUUUUUUACUAGAGGAGAAAAGCAAUCUUGUGAGCACAAUAUUAACUGUAAAGGUUUUAUCACUAAGCUGCUCAUAUCAUGAACUUUAAUGGCAUAGAUUUGGGGUGCCAGGAAUACUUUCCAUGUUGGAUACUGCGUUAUUCUGAUGCUUUGUAAUCCAGCAUUUCUUGGUCAAGCCAUUCAACCCACAGGCUUGUCACUGUUCCUUCUCAGAGUCGCCCUGGUCCGUCAGCAUGUUUCUGUCACAGUAACAGUACCCCCCACCCCGUUAGAGCUGUCCCCCCUACGUUGUUUUUCCAGCCCUCCGAUGACUUGGCCCGACGUCAGCCCGUUUCAGGGUCAGAGCUGUCCUCUGCAGAUGGGUGAUGUCUGUCCUGCAUUAACACAGUGCUUUCUGGUUUGCCCCUUCCCCUCUCCCUCUGUUGGCACAGGCAGUUGCUGCUGCAGUGUCAGAACGUGAGACGCACCGGAACACUGAACCCCGCCCCCCCAGGGCCCUGAUGUUUCCAUAGUUCCCUCUGGCUGACAACCCCACUUUUCAGGCAUAUUCUAGAAAUACACCUUUUCCUGUAGAAAUUUUAAGGUCUGCCACUUUUGGGGCCCACACCACAAUUCCGCCUUUAAGUAUGCUGGCAUGGAAUUUUAGUAAAAUCUGACCUUUGAGACUAAAGAAAUUUAACUGGGCAGAACACUUAGCUUGACCCUUGAGUGUCUCCUUUUGACAUGGAAUGUUUCUGGACCAGUUUGUCCCGGCUCAUGGAUUCACAUGAAAUGUUACCCUCGCUUUGUAUAUUAUGUAUAAAUUAGAAAAUGAAAAAUGUGUGAAUAACAUUGUAUGAAAUAAACUUGGUCUUGUGUUUUUCUCUAGAUAAAAUA